AUGACCGACACUGUACCUGACACUCCGACGAGGAUGAAGAAGCCUGAACCAGGCACCUCCGACGAUGAAGGUGACCACGAGACCAUCGCCACCUUGCCGGCGCAUACCACCACUCCCUCACAACGAUUGACCCAGGCAACACAGCUGGUUGACUUGCCCUAUUCACGUCAAAACAAUCCAACCGUCCAAGUUGCUGCCUCCUCGCCUAUUGCAUCUGCCUCAUCUCCUCCACCCCAGCGUCCCCGUGGCGGCCUUUUAAGCUCGCUCAUGGCCCCUUCUGGUACAUCGUUUCGUCCUCCCGUCACCACUGUUCGACCUACCAAACGAACUCCUACAUUCAACAUGGAUGACGGUCCCACUUACCGAGGCGGGUCUUCGGACGACGAUGAGAAUCGCAUUGAUAUCAAGCCUGUAAUGUUUGAAAAGACCAGUCGCAGCCCUGAGAAGGUUGCCGAAUCACCUAUACGCAACGGGGCUGGCUCCAUGGAUCGCUUCAAAGAAAUCACCUCAUCCGCUUUCUACGACCCUUCUUCAGCUGGAAUUAAACGGUCUGCCGACCAAAUGAGUCCGUCGGGUGCACCUCGGGGCGUAGCAACCAAAAAAAUCCGCCAGACAGGUCCUUCUCGUGCGCAACCUGUGAACGCUCCAAUCUCGACUUUGCUGGACAUUGCCGAUUUCCGAGUGAAAGUGAAGGUCGAACGUAUCCUGAAAAUCUUGCCGACGAAGUCUGUACAAGAAUGUGUGGAUGCUCUGAUGUCAGCCAAUGGAAAUUUUGAUCUUGCUCUUGACCUGCUUGGUGAUGAAUCGAGCAAGGCAAACGGAAUUGGCGCCCGGGACUCGGUGAUUGAGAUUGAAUCGUCCGAGGACGAACUCAACGCUCAACCAAACCGUAAUGUGGGACACAUCGCCAAACAGAAGAUCAAGGCCCGUGGGACCAUCCAAGAUAAAUGGGCUGCCACUAAAGGACAUAUUACUUCCCAAAAGGAAGACGAUGGCAAGCCUCGUGGUCGUCUCAUGCGUGGCCCCAGGAGUCGUGAUCCAACAGCUCCCAUAGACACAAUUACGAUCGAUUCAGAUGGGUCACCCCCCAAGAAGAAAGCCUCGCGGCUACAGAAAGGCCCACGCCGUGCUCCUUCUCUCACCCCGGAGGCCGUACUCUCGGAUUCAGAAGAUUCGGAUGUGGUCGAGGAGGAUGUCAACGCCGGGGACCUGGAACAGAAGGUCUUGCGUUUCUUCAACACUUGCAAACCUCACGAUCUUGCCGAUAUCGCCGCCGUUCCUGAGGAGACUGCAGAGCUCAUCACGUCUCAGCAGCCCUUCGGAAGUCUGGGCGAGGUGCGUGAGGUCACUGCCCCCGUCGACGAGAACGCCAAACCCAAAGGCAAGGGCAAGGGCCGCAAGGCUCCUAAGCCCAUUGGCGACAAAAUCGUCGAUAAGUGUCUAGAAAUGUGGACCGGGUACCUGGCGAUUGAUGCACUCGUGGCGGAAUGCGAGGCCUUGGGUAAGCCUGUGGCCGAGGAGAUGAAGAAGUGGGGCGUUGACGUCUUUGGCAAGCGUGGUGAUGCCGAGCUUGACCUUGCAACGCUAGGUGGCUCCCAUGAUUCAGGCAUCGCAACACCAUCUUCCACUCAUCCGUCACCCGCAGCUGACGAUUCCGAAGAUGAGAUUCGGCCUGUCGCCAAGUCACGAAAAACUCAGUCGAAUGAUCAGUCCGGGUUCAUCUCCCAGCCAUCAAUCAUGGCCAAGAACCUGGUCAUGAAGGACUACCAGAUCGUGGGGCUCAACUGGCUGGCUCUGCUGUUCGAGAAGAAGAUGAGCUGCAUCCUCGCGGAUGAUAUGGGUCUCGGGAAGACGUGCCAGGUCAUCUCCUUCCUGUCCCACCUGUACGAAAAGGGCGUCAAGGGGCCUCACUUGGUCGUUGUCCCUUCAUCGACUAUCGAGAACUGGCUUCGUGAGUUCAGCACGUUCUCGCCUGAGCUGCAAGUCCGUCCUUAUUAUGCCAACCAGAACGAGCGCGCCUUCAUCCGUGAACAGCUCGAAAGCGACCGGGAUGAAAUCAACGUCGUUGUGACCACCUACACAAUCGCCAAGGCCAAGGUCGACGCCAAGUUCCUGCGCGACAUGGAUUUCUGUGUCUGCGUCUUCGAUGAAGGGCACAUGCUCAAGAAUUCGCAGUCUCUUCUGUACGAAAAACUCAUCCGGAUCAACGCCGAGUUCCGACUUCUGCUCACGGGUACUCCUUUGCAAAACAAUCUGCAAGAGCUGGCGUCUCUGCUUGGGUUCAUCCUCCCUGGGGUCUUCAAGGAUCACAAGGAUGAUCUGCAGGCUGUCUUUGCCAACAAGGCAAGGACGUCUGACGAAUCACACGCUGCGCUGUUGUCAGCACAGCGGAUCGAGCGUGCCAAGUCUAUGCUCAAGCCCUUUGUCCUGCGCCGGAAGAAGUAUCAGGUCAUCGACCUGCCAGCCAAGCACUCAUUCGUAGAAUACUGCGAAAUGAAGACGUCGCAGCGGGAUAUUUACGACCACGAGAAGGAGCAAGUGCGACAGCUCCUCGAAGACCGUGCUGCUGGCAAGAAGACCGGCUCGAAGUCCGCCAACAUCCUAAUGAAGCUCCGUCAGGCGGCCAUCCACCCCUUACUCGCUCGGCGUCAUUAUACGGACGCUAUCCUCAAAAAGAUGGCCAAGAGCUGUCUGAAAGAAGACAAGUGGGCGGCCUCCGACCCAGCCAUCAUUGAAGAGGAGCUGCAGGCCUAUAAUGACUUUGAGUGCCACCACAUGUGCCUUGAGAACCCGAGUUCUUUGGGCAGGUACAAGCUCAAGAAUGAGGAGUGGAUGGACUCGGGCAAGGUCGAAAAGCUUCGUGAGCUGCUCACUCGCUUCAUUGCCAACGGUGACCGCACACUGAUCUUCUCGCAAUUCACAAUGGUCAUGGAUAUCCUCGAAAAUGUCCUCGAGACCCUCAAGAUCGAGUUUGUGCGUCUGGACGGUCGCACCAACGUCGAGGACCGCCAGUCCAUUCUCGAUGCUUUCCAUGAACGGGUGGAAAUCCCAGUCUUCCUUCUCUCGACCAAGGCUGGUGGCGCGGGAAUUAACUUGGCCUGUGCCAACAAGGUCGUCAUUUUUGACUCCUCCUUCCCUCAAGAGGACGUCCAGGCCGAAAAUCGUGCCCAUCGCGUUGGUCAAACCCGCGACGUUGAGGUCUUCCGCUUCGUGACUCGUGACACUAUUGAAGAGCAAAUCUACGCUCUUGGCCAGACUAAGCUUGCCUUGGACCAGGCCGUCGCCGGUGACGAUGAUUCCGCCGCCUCAAAGAAGAGCGAGGAGAUUGGCAUGAAGGCCGUGGAAAACAUGGUUCUUGCGGACAUGGAAAAGCAGGAUGGCCACAACGCUCAAUCCAAAGCAGAUUAG